UACUACGAUGCAUCACUGCCAAAGGGCCAGGAGUUUCGUAUUAACAGGAAGUUGACCUGGGUGGAUGGAAACACGGAAGUACCAGUUUCAGUAUGCUCUGAGAGUUGUCGUCCAGGGACUCGUAAAGUGUUGCAGAAAGGAAAACCCAUCUGCUGCUAUGAUUGUAUGCCAUGUCCUGAAGGAGAGAUCAGUAAUAUGACAGAUUCUCUUGAUUGCAUCCCAUGCCCAAGAGAAUUCUGGCCAAAUUCAGGCAAAGAUGCUUGUUUUCUCAAACCUGUGGAGUUUCUUUCCUUCAAUGAAGUACUGGGAAUUAUUCUCGAAGUAUUCUCUGUCGGUGGGGCCUGUCUUGCCAUCAUAACAGGAAUGGUUUUCUUUUAUCACAGAACAACUCCAAUUGUCAGAGCCAACAACUCUGAAUUGAGUUUCCUACUACUCUUCUCUCUCACUCUGUGUUUCUUAUGUUCAUUAACAUUCAUCGGAGCACCUUCAAACUGGUCCUGCAUGCUGCGACACACAGCUUUUGGCAUCACUUUUGUCCUCUGCAUCUCCUGUGUUCUUGGUAAAACUAUUGUGGUUUUAAUGGCAUUCAAAGCUACACUUCCAGGUAGUAAUGCCAUGAAAUGGUUUGGUCCCCCGCAACAAAGAAUGACUGUGGUGUCUGUCACUUUUAUUCAAGUUAUUAUAUGUACUGUAUGGUUGGUUGUGAGUCCUCCCUUCCCAGUGAAAAAUGCAACCACAUACAAGGAGAAGAUCAUCCUGGAAUGUGCAUUAGGCUCUGCUGUUGGCUUCUGGGCUGUGCUUGGCUACAUCGGCCUGUUGGCUGUUUUUUGCUUUGUGUUAGCUGUUUUAGCUCGAAAACUACCUGGUAAUUUUAAUGAAGCCAAACUGAUAACAUUCAGUAUGUUGAUAUUCUGUGCAGUCUGGAUCACCUUCAUCCCAGCAUAUGUCAGCUCUCCAGGGAAAUUUAGCGUGGCUGUGGAGAUAUUUGCCAUUCUGGCUUCCAGUUUUGGUCUGAUACUGUGUAUAUUUGCUCCAAAGUGUUUUAUCAUUUUGUUUCAACCAGAGAAGAACACUAAGAAUUUUUUAAUGGGCAAAAACCAAACAUAA